AGUCGUUUGGUUUUAAAAACCCUCCCGAGAGAGAGGCUCCGAGCACCGCUAGCCACCGACAGAGAGAAAGAGAAGAAGACUACCAGCUCAGGAUUAGUCGGGGGGACUUUCCUCUCUUUUCUCUCCGGGUGUGUGUGUUUUUUUUUUUUGCCCGCCUCGGACUCAGAACCUGCUUCUUCCAUUUUUAAAGCCCUCCACUGUAAAUAAUACAAACAACCACCUGAAGAAUGACAACACACUUCAGGAGCGGCCCAGCCUUCGGACUCUCUGCCGAGGUCAAGAGUAAGCUCGCAGGAAAGUACGACCCGCACAAGGAGGAGGAGCUGAGGCUGUGGAUCCAGGAUGUGACGGGCCAGAGGAUCGGAGAUAGCUUCAUGGAGAGUCUGAAGGAUGGAGUGCUUUUGUGCGAACUCAUUAAUGUUCUCCAGCCAGGUUCUGUGAAAAAGAUCAACAACUCCAGUCAAAACUGGCACCAGCUGGAGAACAUCGGGAACUUUGUCCGUGCGAUUACGGAGUACGGCCUGAGGCCACAUGACAUCUUCGAGGCCAACGAUCUGUUCGAGAACGUCAACCACACUCAGGUCCAGUCCACACUCAUCGCUCUGGCUGGAAUGGCCAAGUCCAAAGGUUUCCACUCCAAGUACGAUUUAGGAGUGAAGUACGCCGAGAAACAGCAGCGACGCUUCGCUCCGGAGAAGCUCAGGGAGGGACGUAACUUCAUAGGACUACAGAUGGGCACCAACAAGCUCGCCAGUCAAAAGGGCAUGACCUCUUACGGGACACGACGCCAUCUGUAUGAUGCUAAGAUAGGCAUGGACAACCCAGUGGACCAGUCGACCAUCAGCCUACAGAUGGGCACCAACAAGGGAGCCAGCCAGUCCGGCAUGACGGCUCCGGGAACCAGGAGGCACAUCUUUGACAAAAAGCUGGAGCUGGAGAACUGUGACACCACCACCAUCUCUCUGCAGAUGGGCACCAACAAAGUGGCGUCCCAACAGGGGAUGACCACCUACGGCCUGCCCCGCCAGGUCUACGACAACAAGUACUGCGCCAACCCCACCGAGGCCCACUACGACAACGGCAACGAGGUGGAGUUCGACGGCUACAACCAAUACUCUGACUAAGGAAAGGAAACCGCGGACAGCCUCACCUCCUCUUUGCUUUAACUCCAGACAACCGGCCACAGCUGUCUUUGUGACGAGCAAACCUUCCAGACUGUUAUUUAACACUGAGCUUCAUUCCCCAUCUUUUUUCCAAAACGUGUUUUCAUUCCUAGGAACCUCUUCAUGAGUCAAAUUUUAAAAAAAAAUAGUGUUUACACUGACCUUACGUCAAAAAGUUUAACGCAGUGGCCGACUUCCUUCCCUCUGCUUACGUCUAGAAACACCCACACAACGAGUUUAAAUUUAUUGACCUUUGCUAUUUAUAGAUUUUUUUUUUUCUACAGCUUUUUAUACUUGCACUGUAAUUAGAGGUUUUUAACUGCCCCCCCUCCCCUCCGAUCACCUCACCUCCUUUCUAACCCAGUUUGAUCACUGAUGAAGCCUUUCAAAGUCCCCCCCUGAGAGGAGACAAGCGACUGUGAUGGUGCUAUUGAACUUUGGCCCAGUUGGAACGAAGUCCACUUCCAGAUUGGAGCUCCGCCGGGUUUAGGAUUCCACCCCUCGGCUUGACACGAGUCCACAGACUGAUCCGGGGAGGAGGGGAGGCGGGGGGGAGCUACGACGGACUUAUAGCUUCGCGCAGCAGACGUUGCUUUAGUUAGUGAGCACCUGCGCUGAGCAGUAGUUAACACGCCUCCUGCCAAAUUAACCAUUGUGCUGCUUCACAGGGGCUAAUUUACGAGGCUUGUGUUGAAGGCAUUUGAAGAAAGUGACGCACGGUACGCUGCUUUCAUGAAGGAGGAAACGUAGGUGUGGCCGCAUCCAAUUUGUUAAACGAAGUCAGCUUCUGUUUCGCGUGUUUAGUCUUUUGCUUUCGCCCGGUGAACCUUCGUGAACUUUGGCUUUAGUGUUUGCACUUUACCCGGCCUCGCAGAAAACAGCGGUGGGAUGUCACAAAGCACAUCCGAGGCGCUUAUACUUGAGUAUUUUCAUCUGAUGCCACUUUAUACUUCUGCUGUGCAACAGAUUUGAUGGUAAUACUGUCAUUUUAACUUCACACAAAUAAGAUUUUACAGUCGCAUCUAAAGUAAUGAGGAUACUUAAGUAAAGCGUCUGAGUGCUUUGUCCACCGCCGACCCGGUCGCUUGCAGAUAAUCGCUAAUGUGAAUCCUACCAAACAUGCAGAUGAGUGUGAUUUUUAUACUGCAAAAAAAAAAAACCCACCGAAUGUCUUGAAUGUAAUGUUACUUUAAGGUUAGAGGAGCCAAUCGUAGGCCACCGGUCCUUCUACGCUUUCAGACUGGCUUUGAAUUAUGCAAUGUGGUUCCACGCUAUCACGCUCAGAAGCAGCCACGAUUUAAGACCUGUAGUAGUGUGCCAUCUAGUGUUCCCAGACCUUUAUAGUGGGUUGUUCAUUUACUGUAUCCCCCCCCUCCAAAUGUCUUCCUUUUAUUCAAUCAAAUAUAGGAAUGUAGAUUUUUUUUUUUUUUAAACAGUGCGUUAAUUUAUCAUCAUUAAUACCCUCUGAUACCCAGAAUGGCACUGAUACUGAGUUCAUGUGUAGCAGCAUUUUACCCUCAAGUGUUGGCUUUGUUUCAUACAUCUUUGCUAACCUCUUGAUUUUUUUUUUUUUUUCUAUACGCCUUUCACUAAACAUGACAUUUGUGCAAUAAAAACACUUCAAAAAUA